UGUCAAUGGGUUAAUCGGUCGUGGGCCAGACCUAUCAGAAGGAAACACAAUGAAUUGCUGUUCUACCCCUAAACAGCUGCCAAUUUUCUCUUUGGGGUGAACCUCAAGCUCACCAGGUUCUGAAAUCGUUGUUGAUUAGGAUUAUUCAAGGAUGUUCGUCAAUCCAAUCAUGGACAUAAACAUGGUCGAAAUUACUAGGAUUUAACAGUGGGAGCAGACCGAUCGGAAUUAGCACAUAGAAGAAGAUGAGCAGAAGCUGGUUGUCGAAGAACUCGAUUGCAUUCGUAUGGGUAAUUGUUCUCGUUUGUUGUCUUUCGGUUGUCUUAAUCUCAAUGCUUAGGCUUCAAGAAAUCCCUUUUGGAAGAAGAUCAGUUGGGUUAUAUCAGACAACAAAGAUCAGAAAAUUUUCAGAGCCCGAGAAAUAUAUUGGGAAAUUUGGAAAGAUGAUGAUCGAAAUGUUGCCUGAAGAUCUUGCUUUUACUGUAUUUGUACCUUCAGAGGAAGCUUUUGAGCGUGAUUUAAGGCUAAAAGGAUAUGAGAGUCUAGUGGGGGAGAGGAUGAAUGAUGAAACAUAUGCAAUAGUUUCAAGAAUUCUGGGCUUCUCUGCGAUUCCUCGGAAACUUAAUUCAGUUUCUGUAGCUUAUGAGAAGGAGAUAAUGUACGAAUCUAUAUCUGGGUUUAUAUUGUCUGUCUCAAAGGAUAUGGAUGGAAUGCUGGUUGUGAACAGGGUUCGAUCUGAAAGAGUGGAUUUGAGGAAGAAGGAAAUUAUUGUACACAUAAUGGAUGGUGUUGUCAUGGAUGCUGAGUUUGAGCAGUCGGUUCAGCCUGAUAAUAUUGAAGAAGAUGAGUGAAAAAAGAAAACCCAAUGUAUAAAGAAGAAGCUCUAAUUACCUUUUUAACUUUAGGAAUGGCUUUCCCAAAUGCUUUUCACAUCUUUGUUUGAUUUUUAACAUGUAAUUUUAUGCUUACGGACCCUUCCUAAUCCGGAAACUUGUACCUUCAAAUACUUACCCAAAUGAAUAAAAUUAUCAUAUUUGCCGGCUGA